AUGUACUCGCCGAGACGAACUGCAACUGAUGACUAUGAGACUCUAUUGAGAUCACCUGAGAGAACCAACAUGGUUGCAUCGCCAUUAAGAGCCAUCGCAUCGCCUUUUUAUAAGGCUGUAAAGACAGCACAAAGCAAUGCUUCAAGGGAUUUUGAUAAGUUUUAUGGAAAUCUUCAACAAAAGCUGACUCCUAGAACAAGCCAGGCUCGUAUCCACAAACAAACGCCUGAUACAACAGAGAGAAUGCGAUCCAUGUUGCAACAAAGAAGAGCUCAGACCGACUCUGAUAGCACGCGGACCUCACUCACACCACUUAUAGAAAGACAUACCUUGCGAGAAGAUACACGAAGCAAUUAUAACUACAUUAGCCGUAACCCGUUCUACCAGGAAUCCGUGUCUGAAAUUGCAGAGACGCCAUCUCUAUCGGAUCACAACGAGGACACUCCCAUGACUUUUACAACUUUGGGGAAGCGUUCACCUUCCUUCACUCUCAAUAGCCCUUCAAGCCGUAAAAAGCCAUAUACUGGUGUAUCAUCAACAUUGCAACAAAAACUAGCAGAGGAGAGAAAGCGAAUGGAUAAGCUACAAAGCAAUUUACAAAAGAUCAGACGACAAUCUUCUUUGUUGGCAGAAGACUUAUCCGCUACUCAUUUGAGCUUUGCACAAGAGGAUGAAGACGAAGAUGAAGAGCAUGAAGACGAGCAAGACAUGUUCAUGGCAGCAGCACCUUCCUCUAAAGAAGACAUCUUGAGAUCACUGAAUGUGAGAUCAGCUGAUGAACGCAGACCUUCUUCAAACACAUUCAGUGUAAAUGGGCGUCAUUCUCCAAUGCAAAUCAGCUCAUCUCGCUCAUACAAACAUUCGAUAACGCCACAAACUAAUAGCAUCAAGCCCACGUCCUCUUCAUCAACCGUAACGCAGACAACUACCAGCCUACUUCCAUCAUCACCUAGACGCACAUUGAACCACAAUGGCAAUAAUAACAACUACUCUAUUCCCAAUACUUGCGAUACAACGUCGCCAUCCUCUUCGCCUAACCGCAUUGUUCCACCAAAACGCACCAUUAUCAACGAUAUUAGCAGUGGGCAUUUGAGAUCUGCAGAGACCUUAAGCACGCCAGGUGGCAGCCGCGUCAGUAAUCGCUUUUGGAAGGAAAUUCAUGGCCUGAGCACACGUAGAGAAUCAGCAUCUCCCAGUCGCACAACAAGCGGCCGCAUAGGGAAGCCCACUGCACCAACUGUUAAACGUGCUUCAACCCUGCAAAUCAAUAGCAGCAACUCAUGGGCGAAUGAUGACGGAUUCUGGUCCUCCAACAGCUCACCUGUGGCAAGUUCGCUCAACAACAAACUACUGCAAUUAGCUCAGGAAAAGGACAAGGAAGAGACAUCUACACAUAUUCGUCAGUCAUUUGUGAAAAGAUUGUUUGAUACCAACAAAGAAAGCGAGGUCGACUCAGAGGAACACAGUUUAUUUCAGAACCCAUUGUUUAGAAGAGCAGCGCAAUCAGAACAGCAGGCUUACUCUAUGAAUGAAUCUUCCCCUCCUCCUCCAAUAACAGCUUCAGUGUCUACACAACAUGCCAGCCAAACGCUCUCUGCAGAAAUUGAAGUGGCAAACAAGCGAGAUGAGAUCAAGAAAAGAAACAAUAUACCAACAAUGAACGCUGACGUGCUUGCUGAAUUGAAAGCGAGACACAAGGAAAAGCUCAUUGACGAUGCGGAUUCUUACAAGUUUGCUUAA